UUUGAAAGGUGGAGGAGACGCUAUCUGACCUGGAAGUAAAAACAACAAAAAGAGGAAUUAAGGCGCGUUUGUAAUUAAAACAUGCUCCUCUCCUCCUCCUGUCGUUGAAUUGUAGGUGCCUACGUUUUAUGAAAGACUUACUGCGAGCGUUAACAGGAAUCUGAGGUGGUGGAGACAUGGUGGGCUAUGACCCCGGGGCUCAGGGUGUAGCCCAUUCUCCAGAGGAGGCAGCCCUGGCUGGGUCAGCUGCUGGCAUGGUCACCCGAGCCCUCAUCAGUCCAUUUGAUGUGCUUAAAAUUAGAUUUCAGCUGCAGAUUGAGACUGUGUCUUCACGGAGGCCGGUGGGAAAAUACUCUGGAUUAUUUCAGGCAUCCCGUUGCAUUUAUUCAGAGGAGGGACUUUCUGCUUUCUGGAAAGGCCACACCCCUGCACAGCUCCUCUCCAUCUGCUUUGGGGCCGUUCAGUUUGCCAGUUUUGAGUUUCUGACGGAGGUGGUCCACAAGACGACGGCGUAUGACAGCCAGACAGCAGGAGUUCACUUUGUGUGCGGCGGUCUUGCUGCCUGCUCAGCCACAGUGGUCUGCCAACCUCUGGACACACUGCGGACACGCUUUGCAGCUCAGGGAGAACCCAAGGUGUACAGCAACCUGCGACGUGCUGUGUCUACAAUGUGCCGCUCAGAGGGAGUGCUGACAUUUUACCGUGGCCUGUCUCCAACACUGAUGGCGGUGUUUCCUUACGCUGGGCUGCAGUUCUUCUCCUACAAUGUCUUUAAAAAGCUGUUGGCUCCACCACCCAAAGCUGGAAACUCAGGAGGAAAUCUGAGGAGCCUGAUCUGCGGCAGUGGAGCAGGAGUUAUCAGCAAAACAAUCACAUACCCGUUUGACCUCUUCAAGAAGAGACUGCAGGUGGGAGGCUUUGAGGCAGCCAGACUUCACUUUGGACAGGUGCGGAGUUAUAGAGGCCUGCUGGACUGCAUGACGCAGAUAGCCAAAGAGGAGGGUGUGCGAGGCUUCUUCAAAGGCCUCUCACCGAGCCUCGUGAAGGCCGCGUUGUCAACAGGCUUCACCUUUUUUUGGUAUGAAUUUUUCCUCAAUGCCAUGCAUAACCUCAGAUUGGAACAGAGAACAAACAGCCUCGCCGAAGACCAAAAGGAAAGAUAAUGAAGGAAGCAGCAAGGGCACAAUCAUGCACAUCUUGUUCUUCGCUUGCACUUGACAAAUGUAUCAACUGGGUCAAUGUUUGGUAGUGGCUUCUGUCAUGUUUACAUAUAUGAUAAAGGAACAUAUAUGGUAAUUUUAUUUGUCUUUACAUUUUAAUGUAUUUAACAUUUUAGUCUGGGUUUCUAAGGUGUAUGGAUGCUUGCUUUUAAAAGAUAAAUAUAUCAUUUUUUGUUUAAAGUGAACUUUGCACAUUUUAAGCUCUGACUUUGAGUCAACUCCUGAAACUAAAUGUGGUCGUAUGGACAAAAACAUGAACACUGUGUAUACUUCUACGUACUGUGGUAGGAAAAAAAAAACAGCAUCCUGUUGACUAUAGUUUGUGCCUCCAUGUCUGUCCACCACUGUAACUUUCAGGUCCUUAUUUUUAAAAUAAAAGUUUUUAUAAGUA